AUGCUUCGAAUCAAGCAAGAUUCUGUCUUUUCUACACAACAGCCAGAACAACAAUACGUGCCGUUAAAACAAGUAAGUGUCGAAGCAUACAUUAAAUUGUUUGCUGCUGAUGUGACAAUCAAGCAAAUUUUUCGUAAUGAUGAGACAAUACCAAUUGAAGCCGUGUACUGUUUUCCGAUCGAAGAACAAGCAGCAAUCUACUCAUUUGUUGCUCGGAUUGAUGAUCGAGAAAUUGUCGCACAAUUGAAGGAAAAAAAAGAAGCACAACGAGAAUAUAACGAUGCUCUUCAACAAGAUCAUGGUGCAUAUUUACUCGAACAAGAUGAAAAAUCUCAAGAUAAUUUUAUAAUCAAUGUUGGUGCACUACCAACCGGUAAAGAGUGUCAUAUCUCUAUAUCGUAUGUCUCCGAACUAGAUCUUGUUCAAAAUGGAAGUCGAAUUCGACUUGUUGUUCCAACAACUAUCGCACCUCGAUACAAUCCAAGCAAAGGUGGCAUUAGCUCACCAGCUGGUACCACGUCCAAAUACAUUCAAACAGCUCCAUAUACAAUUGAAUUUCGUUGUCGGGUCGAGAAAACCAACAUCUCUCGAGUUAGUUCGACAUCCCAUCCCAUUCAAGUUGAAGUCGGCCAAGAGCAUGUCUAUGUCAUCGAGUUUGCCCAACAAAACACACAUCUAGAUCGGGAUAUUUUAUUAGAUAUUGAGUUAGCUAGUAAUCGUUCAAAUACUAUUGCUGUGAUGGAACCAGGUGCUGUUAUGGCUUCAUUUACACCAACCGAAGAAGAUUGUAAACGUGCAAUGAAUAGUGUGGAGACGACAAAUGAAUUUAUUUUUAUUAUUGACUGCAGUGGAUCGAUGGGAGAUGAAAACAAGAUUGGAUUGGCACGUGAAUCCAUGUUACUCUUUCUUAAAAGUCUUCCACUGCAUUGUCAUUUUAAUAUCAUUCGAUUUGGGUCAACUCACGAGGCUUUAUUCGACGAGAUUACCGCUAUUUACAAUGAAGAAAAUGCUCAAAAAGCUGAACGACUCGUCAGUCAAUUGAUGGCAGAUUUGGGUGGCACUGAAUUGUUACAACCACUUGAAUGGAUAGAACAGCAUCCUCCACAAAAAGGUCGUGCUCGACAAAUAUUCCUAUUGACCGAUGGAGAAAUUUCAAACGUGGACGAAGUACUCGAUCUAUGUCGUUCAAUGGCUACUUCCACACGUGUGUUUUCAUUUGGUUUGGGUCAUUCACCAAGUCAUUCACUUGUCAAAGGUCUUGCUCGAGCAACAAAUGGACGUUUCGUUUUUAUUCCACCUAACAGUAGUGUCGAUAUUCAUGUUGGUGAACAGUUACAAAAAGCUCUGCAAUCCUGUAUAACCAACGUACAAGUAAAAUGGAAUCUGGGUUCGAAUGUUAUGAGUGCGCCAACAAAAAUACCACCAGUUUAUGCUAAUGAUCGUCUGAUUGUCUAUGCACUUGCUGAUGAUCCAAUGCUUGUCUUCGAUCGCAAUUCGAAUGUCGAAUUAUGUAAUGAUAAAAGUCGAUUAGGUGAGGGAAAAAUUGUUUGCCUACCGAAUGUGGGCAUGAAUGGAGCUAUCGCUCGACUCGCUGCCAAAGCACUUAUUCUCGAAUGCCAGCAUUCUAAAUUGUCCUCAUCGAUCGAGAAGAGGAAAUCAGGUUCGCUGCUAAGUUGUUUUCGGAAAAGCCGUUCACGGCCAACACCAGCAAUGACAAUCGACGAAAAGAGAAUGACAAAGAAAUCCGUAAUAGAUCUUUCACUCAAGUAUCAGAUUCUGAGUCCAUAUACAGCUUUUAUCGGUGUGGAAAAACGAGUGAAUGCCAGCAAUGCUGAUAUGGUCUUGCGUGAAGUACCGAUUCAAAUAUCGACCGAUGAUCAACACUUACAGACGCCUCAUGUCAUGAGUCUCUGUGCCAGCAAGAUGCCAUCUAGUGGGAUGUUAUUUUAUGCAAUGUCAGAGCGAAAGAAGGUGCGGUCUAUGAUGAUUCACUCAAAGAAGGGCUACGAGGAUGCACACUGGUCUCAAACAUCGAUACGAACAGCAGAUUUGUUUCCAGUAAAUGCUAUGAAUGAAAGCUCCCGAAAUGCCCUCUAUCAAGAGUGUUUUGAUUUGAUGGCGUCCGAUUCCAGUUGUGAUUCUGCUACGACCGACUCACGUCAACAAUCCUUGGUUGAUGGAAGAAUAAAUGAAACAUGGCCUACUGGCGAUCAAAAUAUCGUUCGCUACUUGAUCAAGAAACAAAAAUUUGAUGGUUUAUGGGAUCUGGAUGCUGAAGAUAUAGAAAAUUUGACUGGAAAAUCACUGACAAACUUUACACCAUUCAACAAUAAACAAAUUCUUAUUUCGGCCAUUGUUGUUAUUGUACUUGAAGUACGCUUCGCUGCAUUGUCGACCAUGUGGCAUGGCAUAGUGCAAAAAGCUCGUAAAAGUCUGAUCCAUUUGCUCAGCGAAGAUACUAAUCAACUUGAAUUAUUACUGGAUAACAUUCGUCAACAAUUUUGA